ACUGAUUGAAGCCGUGUUAUGGUAACAAUCAGCUGUUCGUAAUGAUAACAGUACGCACUGCUGAUUCUUUUUAGUUGUUUACGUUGAUUAUUGGUUUUAUAUCAAUUUAUAAUGGCAGCUCCGCUGCUAUUGCGCACCUUUAGGAAGCCAAUAAUUGCUUGCACCUAUAAGUACACUUACCAAGGAGCAACUAUUUCCAAUCACACGUACAAUCAUCGACUGGCCUCCACGGAAGCGGCGGCCGCGAGUGUCCAACUGGCAAAUGCCGGUGGAUUAGUGGGAUAUUGGCAGACCUUGUCCAACAGCACCCCAGUGGCCUAUAUGCAGGAUGUACUCAUUAAGAUCCACGACUACAGCGGUCUGCCCUGGUGGGCAUCCAUCGUGCUGUCCACUUUCCUUCUCCGGAGCGUGGUCACCCUACCGCUGACCAUUUACCAGCACAAAAUCACCGCCAGAAUCGAGCAAAUAGCGCUGGAGAUGCCGGCCAUUGUGGAGGAACUGAAAAAAGAGGCAGCCAUGGCCAAGCGAAAGUUCAAGUGGAGCGAACAGCAAACUCUGAUUGUCUAUCGGCGUUCGAUCAAGAAGCAGUGGCAGAACCUUAUAGUUCGCGAUAACUGCCAUCCCAUGAAGACCAUGAUUGUGCUAUGGGGUCAGAUUCCACUCUGGAUAUUCCAGUCCGUGGCUCUGCGCAAUUUAGUGUACAUGCUGCCGGAUCCCACGUCCAUUCAAGCCCAAAUUGUAACCACCGAAAUGACCAUUGGAGGAUUUGGUUGGAUACCAAAUCUCACGGUGGUGGAUCACUCUUAUAUCCUGCCCGUAGCACUAGGCCUCAUCAACUUGGCCAUCAUUGAAGUGCAAGCCAUGUCCAGAACUCGUCCUUCCACGCGCUUGCAGAACAUCGCCAACAACGUGUUCCGUGGAUUGAGUGUGGUGAUGGUUCCAGUAGCGUGUACUGUGCCUUCAGCUUUAUGUGUAUACUGGGUAGCUUCCAGCAGUUUUGGCCUUGCUCAAAAUCUGCUGAUCCUCUCGCCGGAAGUGCGACGUUCUGUGGGAAUUCCCAAAACACAAACGGAACUCAGAGAGCCGUACGAUCUGCUCUGGCUAAAAAUACAGCAGAGGCUAAGACUUGCCGAGAGGCCACCGGCUGAUAAGCCGGCAGCCAAAUGAUCUAGUCU